AUGGCUGGUCUCAACGUGUCGCUCUCCUUCUUCCUGGCCACCUGUGCCCUCUGCGAGGCCGCCCGGAGGGCAUCCAAGGCCCUGCUCCCGGCAGGCGCCUAUGCCGGCUUUGCCCGGGAGGCGGCUGGGGCAGCGCAGCUGGCCGCCUGCUGCCUGGAGACGCAGAUGCUGGUGGAGCUUGGCCCCUGGGCCGGGGGCUUCGGGCCCGACCUGCUGCUGACGCUGGUCUUCCUGCUGUCCUUGGUGCACGGCGCCACCUUGGACGGGGCCUCGGCCAAUCCGGCCGUGGCCCUGCAGGAGUUCCUCAUGGCCGAGGCGUCUCUGCCCAGCACACUGCUGAAGCUGGUGGCCCAGGGGCUGGGCAUGCAGGCUGCCCACGCCCUGACCCGGCGCUGCUGGGCCUGGGAGCUCAGUGACCUGCACCUGCUGCAGAGCCUCAUGGCCGCGCACUGCAGCCCAGCCCUGCGUACCUCUGUGCCCCGGGGCACCCUGGUGGAGGGCGCCUGUGCCUUCUUCUUCCACUGGGCCCUCCUCUGCCUGCGGCACUGGCCCCCUGGGCACAGGGUGCCUGCCAUGGCUCUGCUGGUCACCGUCAUGGCCUACACAGCUGGGCCCUACACAUCCGCCUUCUUCAACCCCGCCCUGGCCGCCUGCGUCACCUUCCAGUGCUCCGGGCACACCUGGCUGGAGUAUGCCCAGGUGUACUGGCUGGGCCCUCUGACAGGCAUGGUCCUGGCCGUCCUGCUCCAUCAAGGCCGCCUCCCCCGCCUUUUCCAGAGAAACCUGCUCUACCGGCAGAAGAGCAAGUUCCGAACCCCCAAAGGGAAGCUGACCUCAGGUUCUGAGGAUGCACGGACAGCAGCAGAGGGCAGCGGCCAGGAGCUGGGGCGGGACACAGUAGUGGCUGCUGCACCUCUGCUGAGCCGCCCGGCCCAGUGAACACCAGCGAGGGCCAGCCCGGGAUGGACCUGGGGCCACC